CUCGGCGCAGAAAAAACUCUUGUAAUGGCUGCCAGAUGGUGCGAGCGAGAAGCGGUGUCUUCCCGUCUUCUGCCGAAACUUUGGUCACAAUAGACCGAUUACGUCUCGCAGCUGAGUUAAAAUGAUAGAUACUCGAGCAGAGAAGUUUAACGAGACUGGACUGAACACCGUCGACUGAAGUGUUGUCAUCUAGUGUUGAGGAUAGCCCCGGUGGCCAUGACCAUGAGGACACGUCUGGAGGCAGUGCUGAAUGUGGGUCUACGCAUACCCAGCAUUAUGCUGCUGGAGGUGCUGUACCGCUGGGACGUCAGCUCCUUCUUCCAGAAAAUCCAGAGAAGCAGCCUCAACAACAACCCACUCUUCCAGUACAAGUACCUGGCCCUCUAUCUGCACUAUGUUGGCUACAUCCUCAGUCUGGUUCUGCUGACGUUGCCACGCCAGCACCUGGUGCGCCUUUAUCUAUAUGUACUUACAGCUCUGCUGCUCUUCGCUGGACACCAGCUCUCCAGGGACUAUGUUCGUAGCGAGCUGGACUCUGGCUACGAAGGACCUAUUUACCUGGACCCGCUUUCCAUGAAUCGCUUCACUACAGCCCUCAUUGGUCAGCUUGUGGUGUGUACGCUGUGCUCAUGUGUGAUGCAGACCAAGCAGAUUUGGCUGUUCUCCGCUCACCUCCUCCCCCUAGUGGCCAGGCUGUGCCUGGUCCCCUUGGAGACCAUAGUCUUUGUCAACCGCUUUGCCAUGAUCUUCACUGGUCUAGAAGUGCUCUACUUCCUGGCCUCUAACUUGCUGGUGCCAUACAACCUGGCCAAGACAGCCUACAGAGAGCUAGCACAGGUUGUAGAGGUGUAUGGGCUUUUGGCUCUGGGGAUGUCUCUGUGGAAUCAGCUGGUUUUGCCUGUGCUCUUCAUGUGUUUUUGGCUGGUGCUGUUCGCCCUGCAGAUCUACACCUACUUCAGCACACGAGACCAGCCACCUUCACGCGAGAGACUGCUUUUCCUUUUCCUCACCAGCAUUGCAGAGUGCUGUUGUACUCCGUACUCUCUGUUGGGGCUGGUCUUCACCGUUUCCUUUGUGGCGCUGGGCGUCCUCACUCUCUGCAAAUUUUACCUGCAAGGCUACCGAGCCUUCAUGAAUGACAAUGCCAUGCACAGGGGCAUGACAGAGGGCAUUACUCUGCUGAUUCUGUCAGUUCAGACUGGGCUGAUUGAGCUCCAGGUCAUCCACCGGGCCUUUCUUCUCAGCAUCAUCCUGUUUAUCGUGGUGGCUUCUAUUCUGCAGUCUAUGCUGGAGAUUGCUGACCCCAUAGUGCUGGCACUUGGGGCCUCCAGGGACAAGAGCCUGUGGAAGCACUUCCGCGCAGUCAGCCUGUGCCUCUUCCUUCUGGUUUUCCCUGCCUACAUGUCCUACAUGAUCUGCCAGUUCUUCCAUAUGGACUUCUGGCUGCUCAUCAUCAUCUCAUCCAGCAUUCUAACCUCACUGCAGGUCCUGGGCACAUUGUUGAUUUAUGUGCUUUUUAUGGUGGAGGAGUUGCGCAAAGCUCCUGUGGAGAAUAUGGACGAAGUCAUAUAUUACGUCAAUGGAACCUACCGACUGCUGGAGUUCCUGGUGGCAUUGUGUGUGGUGGCCUAUGGUGUGUCAGAGACGCUCUUUGGCGAGUGGACUGUGAUGGGCUCCACUAUAAUUCUGGUGCAUGCCUACUAUAAUGUGUGGCUGCGAGCACAGCUGGGCUGGCAGAGCUUUCUCCUUCGUCGAGACGCUGUGCACAAGAUCCAGAGCAUGCCCACGGCCUCGGCCCUGCAGCUCCAGCAGCACAAUGACAUCUGUUCCAUUUGCUAUCAGGACAUGAAGUCAGCCGUCAUUACACCCUGUGGUCACUUCUUCCACGCUGGCUGCCUGAAGAAGUGGCUGUAUGUACAAGAGACCUGCCCGCUCUGCCAUGGUCAGUUAAAAAGCCAGUCGCAGUCUGCCAACACUUCUGCCCCUCUGGCCACGGAUGCCCCACCAGCUGAUCAGAAUGCACAGGAGACAGAACAGGAAGAAUUGCUGGGUGAAGCUGCAGUAGAGGAGGGCUUUCAAGCCGAAAAGAAUUCCUCGGAUUUUGAAGCCCAUUCAAUUCUUCAGAGUUCAGAUGAGCCAGAGCUCGAAGGGCAGUUGUUGAAGUUCCAAGAAGAUUCAGAAGAAUGUGAUUUACUAGUGGAUAAAGAACACAGUGUAGGCCAGACUGAAGACCUGGAUGGUGAACGAGCUCCACACUCCAGUUCAAGUGUCUCUCCUUCCUCUUAGGUAGAGCUGUGCUAACACUGAAAUGCUGCCAAUGUUAAGGAAUCCUCAUUGGAGGUCAGUGGUUGAAUUGAACAUGAACUGUUUUCAUCCUGAUUAUAUUACAUACCCGCAUUGUAGCUGUUGUAGAGCCAUCCACAGAUUUAUCUUGGGGUGCUGGAAAAUUAGUUUUUCAUAUAGGGAGUGGGGUUAUAUCAUAACUGAAAAAUCUUGACUUUUUUAAACCAUCUCUUUUUACCUGAACUGAGCUUUAAUACACUUAGAGGUGACUUAUGUAUGGUUUUUUGGAGGGUUUGCCAUAAUUUCUGUAUGGUUCAAGUAGUCCAUGAUUUUCCAGUGCACUAUAAAUGAGCCACAUUCAUUUCUUAAACUCUCUAAAUUGAAGUUCACAUCUGUUGCAUUUCAAGGUUAAUUAAUUCAGUUAAUUAAUUAAGAUUUUCUUGUGAUUUUCAUUUUCAUGUAACGCGUCCUGGUGCAAGCAUUUCAUAACCCUCAGUAUUCAAGAUUUGUUGUAAUAGUUUCCAGCGGCUUUUUAGUAGUUCUGAGCUAACCUGACACUUUGUCACACCAAAGUAAGGCAAAUGUGCCCCCUCCAUUCUUCGAAACAACAUUUGCACCAAACAAUUGGGAAUGAUGAUGCAGGCGUUAUGCACAUGAUGUAACACUGGAGAGAACUACAGAAUCUUGGAAAAAUCUUCAUUAGUGCUCCUCAGCUGAUUUUGAGCCUACCUAGCUUAUUUAAUGUUUACUGCAAAGAGUUUCUUAUCUAUGUCAAGGGUGUCUGGUCAUGGAGCUCUGCCACCCCAUACAGUUCAUAUUCAACAUAACUAGCUCUUAUAUUCAGAUGCCCCUAAAGGCCUUGAUUGCCUAGAUCAGGUCUGCUGGGUUUGGUUUGGAGCUAAACACUGCUUUGUGGUAGAUCACCAGGACCAGGUUUAGGCAUAUCUGCCUGUGUAAAGGGAUGUGUUGUUGGUGACAAAACCUUAUAUCUCCAUAAAUACUAACUUUACAGGAGAAGUAAAAACAUUCUUAACUUAAAGACAAUGGAAUAAAAUUGGUUUUCAAGUCAUUUUCAGUCAGUCCAUUUGUCAUUCAAGUCCAGAAUUCUGCCAAAAACAUGAAAAUAAUUAGACAUAUAAGGUUUUGUUCUGACAGUGAGAACGUGUGGUAUUUUCAGCUGUUUUAUCGUCUAUGCCAGAGUUAUUAUUACAACGAGGUGGGAAAUACUUUUUCAGAUUUUGCUUAGUGGAGCAUAUAUUUUUGAAUGAUCAAGAUGAGUCAACUGGAGAGACUGAACAAUGCCCACCAUUAUUUCAUUUCAUUAUUGAAAAGGCUGGAAGAGAGAAUCUGCUGUCUUUCCAAGGGUAAAUAUGCAUUAAUAGUAGACAAUCAGUUAAAAUAAAAACAGAUGGAAAAUCACAUUUUCCUCCUGAAGAUGUCCUAAAGACCAGUUACAUCAUUUCUGUCUGCUCCACAAUUUCAAGUAAGAAAAAAAGGACAAGUCAUCCUAGAUAUCUCAGCCGUACUUCAAGCUGUUUUUUUUUUUUGUGUUAAUAUUUCACUAUCUUAGACUGAGAUGAUGUUUUAAGUAGGCAUUUGAAUCCCAGGUAGAUUGUCAUUGUAAGAACUUCUUGUCACCUGAUGUCAUGCCAUUCUGCUUUUGCACAGUCAUUUGAAGCUAUGCUGCAAAGUCAUUUUUUCCUGUCCAGCACGAAAUCCUUAUUGGUGCAUAUGAGGUACAACCGUGUGUGUGUGUGUGUGUGUGUGUGUGUGUGUGUGUGUGUAUAUAUAUAUAUAUAUACAUUGCUAUAGAUACAGCUAUCUAUAUUCCUUAACACAAGUUUCGAUACGCUGAACAGUGUUUAAGCAGUAUCAACCGUAAUGAUGUGACCUCUGGGCUUGCAGGAACACUUUGGUGCCCUCUAUAGGUAGAAGUGGGAUUGAGCCUAAAUGUACUGAAUUGAGUUGAACUGCACUGUUUGAGGCUUGUCACUAUGACAGUAUUAAGUGAAGUAUUUUGACUUUGGCAAGUUUGUGUAGAUGAAUACAUAUACUAAUGUAUGACUAAACAUAAACACCAAUUACAUUGAAUUGUUAGUGAUGUCUUAGUUUUGCACAUUUCUUGAAGGAAAACGUUUUGGUAGCAUUUGAGUUCCUUUUUUUUUUUUUUUUUUUUUUUUUAAAAGAAUGCUUUCAGGUAGAAUACUUCCAGCAGUCCAAAGCAGCCAAACUCAUAUUGGAAAUUUUGUUUUGGUUUUUUUCCUUUUUUUUUUUACUAAACUAAAUUACAUGUUUACAUAUGUUGUUUAAUAAGACUGUGUGAAGUAAUCUACUUGGACUACAGAGCAUUUUUUUUUCUUCCCCAAGGGACAUGUAAUCCAUUUUACACUGCUGAAUGUCAAAAAUAAAUUGUUUUUUGCUUAAUCAGG